AUGACACUACUCAUACAACACGAACUCAAAAGACACAACUCAAAUACUGACACUACAGACACACAGUACACUACUGACAACACUGACACUACAGACACACAGUACACUACUAACAACACUGGCACACAGGACACUACUGACAACAUUGACACUACAGACACACAGGACACUACAGACACACAGUACACUACUGACAACACUUACACACAGAACACUACUGACAACAUUGACACUACAGACACACAGGACACUACUGACAACACUGACACUACAGACACACAGUACACUACUGACAACACUGACACUACAGACACACAGGGAACUACUGGCACUACAGACACACAGUACACUACUGACAUACAGGAAACUACUAACAACACUGACACUACUGACACACAUAAUAAUACUGACACACAUGACACUACUGACAACGCUAACACACAGGACACUACUAACAAUACUGACACACAGGAUACUACUAACAACACUGACAAUACUGACACACAGGAUAUUACUGACACACAAGGCACUACUUACACGCAGGACAGUACUGACACACAGAACACUAUUGACAUUACUGAAACACAGGGCACUAAUGUACUACUCAAAUACACACGCAGGAUACUACUAACAACACUGACACUACAGACACGCAGGACACUACAGACACACAGGACACUACUGACACUACUGACACUAGAGACAACGCUGACACACAAGACAGCACAAAAAAACAGAACACCACUUACAACACUGCCACUACUGACAACACUGACACUACAGACACACAGUACUCACACACUGACACAAAGGGCACAACUCAAACACUGA